UCUGUGGACUGGCUGUCGACGACGUCCCUGACCAAGGAGAAAGGAGCAGACGAUCUAAGCAGAGGGAAAAGAGACGCAGGCUGUAAAAUGAUGUCUCUUAAGGAGCUGUGUGCCUAUGAAACUCCAUCCGUUGCUGAACUGGAGGAAUUCCUGUUGGCUGACAGGCGCCCCACCGGACAUGUCAACCAAGUGUGGCCCAAUGUAUAUAUUGGCAAUGAAGUUGCUGCCCGUGACAAGCCAAUGCUGCACAGUAUGGGGAUCACCCACAUUGUGAAUGCUGCCAGUGGUCCACCUCAUGUAAACACAGGGCCUCGUUUCUACAGAGAUAUGACUAUAGAUUAUUAUGGGGUGGAGGCUGACGAUUCCACUGACUUUGUCAUAAGUGUUUUCUUCUACCCGACAGCAAGGUUUAUGCACGCUGCACUGGCCAACAAAGGGAAGGUGUUUGUCCACUGUUUGAUGGGAGUCAGUCGCUCUGCGACACUUGUCUUGGCUUUUCUCAUGAUCUGCGAGGAGUUGACAUUAAUGGAGGCAGCGCGGGCAGUUAGGCAGCACAGAGACAUUUGCCCCAAUCCUGGCUUCCUCAAUCAGCUCCGCCACCUCGACAUGAGGCUCACCCGGGAAAGGAAGAGGAAAUUGGAAGCUUACAAAUUGUAAAGGAAAAUUCAACAGCAACGUGACAAAGCUUGUUUCUAAAGUCUGUGCCCUCAGGGUCUCGGCCCUCUAUUGUGUUUUUGUCCUAGGCCUGUCAGGCAAGAUCUCAUUUACCAAUAUUCCUUUCAUGACAGUAGCGAGUGGAUAUCAGAGAGGCAAUUGAAGGGUUUGCUCAUAAAUAGUUAUUAACUUCCAAAGGGCAGCAGGGUUGCAAAAUAAAUGGCAGUUUUUUAAUUCCUUCCAGACGGCAUACACUUUGAACUUGUUCCAAAAGGAGCCUAUGAGCAUGUGUUGUUUUUUCGAACUCUUGUGAAGUGAGAUGGUUGUGGCCUGCUCUUUAUCAUUUGAAGGUGGAGCAUGAGAAACAUGCAUGGCUGUGUGUCUUAAAGGCCUGAUCCCCUGCAGAGACACUCUAAUGGGUGUCAUAUGCUGUAAUAUGUUUACAGGGGCUGCACAAGUCCUUUGUGAGUUUUACCAUGGACUGGCUGGCUGUUUGUUUUUGCAAAAAACGUGGACAUGAUAAACUGAUAAAACUGUUAAAAAUAGAC